AUGGUGGAGCCAGCGGUCUUGCUGCGUGGCUCAGCGUAUGUCGACACCGCAAAGUUGAACAAGCUUCUGGAGAAACUUCAUUCCGCGGACACCUUUACGCCGACCAUGAUUGCACAGUCGCAAUCACACGCCUCCGCUCUGGCCGAGAUCAUCUGCUCUGACUACAAGAUUCUCAACAAUUGUAUAAUUCGACACGAAGCGUUGAUAAGGAAGAGAUGGAUCAAGAAAUCAGUCGCUCAGAGGAGUGAAAUACUGCGUGCUACGUGGCCAACAAUCGCUAUCGAGCACCAACCCGACUUCGCUCGGCGACAUCAAAACAAGCUAUUCGAAAAAAGCGCUGGUCCAAAACCCAAAGAGCACUUUGACGUAAUGCUUUGGCCGUUCAUCAACCUGGAAGAUCUUACGAAGCCAAAGUCUUUGCUCAUCUAUCUGAACUCGAGGGCCCGCAACCUACCCUGGACCUUUGUGACAGGCGAGGUUGAUUUCUCUCAGUAUGGCGUCCUGUGCUCCGACUGCAAGCCGCGUGAGAUGUUCGCGACUGUGCGUUCCAUGCCCAACGCCGACCCCACAGUGUAUGGCCAAGUUCGGACAGUGCAUAGUUGCCGUGGCCAAGUCGACGGGGAUUUGAUUCAUUGCGAUCUUAUUCAAGGCCUUCAGAUGUUGAGAAUUCAGCAGCGCAUCAUGAGCUUUCUCGUGUCGUGUUGCCGAUGCAUCUUGCACGACAUGACAGAGGAUGAAAUGCUGUCUGGACCAGUCUUGGAAGAGCCGCCAGUCUCGGAAAUCUUUUUACAAGUGGAUGGCAGCCAUGCCAAUCUCUCCGACACCAUCGCGAUCGCGCCCUACAUCAAGCGAGGCAACCUUGAACUUGCCAGACUCCAAGGCUACGUCAGUGCGAUCUACAGUGAAGCUAAGGAUCACGUACUAUCUUUGAGAGAAGAUCCUUCUUACCUUGCAGACACGAUCAUCGACGUCUCGGAACAUGCCUGCGAGCUUAUUACGGAUGCGCGCGAUCGGAUCGAUCCAGGUGUUGAUGCCCCAGAGUUUGUGGGGAGGGUCGUAAGGCACAUCAUCUCGCAGUCAUACCAGAGGUUGAUAAUGUGGUUUGAGGUCUCGUCAAGACUAGAUCAGCUUUGUUUGCACGCGCAGAAUGGUACCGCUACCAAUGAUCAGCUACAGAAUGUUCUUGAUUUUGAGGCAUUACUUGAACGCGCUCGAAGCUGCCUACUACGAGAGGUUACUGGCACCAGUACGGCGUCACCCACGAUGCGGAGUUACUACAAACGCAUAGUGUCCAGGUCAGAAGACGGUCCGUAUACAUAUAUCGCCGCCAGCGAGAAAUCUUCUACCCCAACCGAGGCCGAAGAUUGGAUGCUGAGCGUGUUUCAUCGUCUGCUGAAUUUCAGUCAAAACGACUCUCGAAAGAACAUCACCGGCUUUGCGGAGAUGCACGGAGAUGAAGAAAGGAGCAUUGACAUCGAUCUUCACGCCACAAUGGACCGCCUAGAUACUCUGUCACGUAAACACCGGAGCGCGCGCGCUAUGCUUACAGCUCCGUUGUCGUCCCUCAUCAGCCAGCUCUCUAUCGUUGAAGAGUGUCUUCAUCAGAUUCAGCUAUGGAAAAGGUCGUCAGAAAUCUGGCUACUUCUUUGCACAUCCGGUCUGACAGCCACAGAGUCGAACAAGGGAGACUUCUCAACAGAUUGGGCUCAUAACAUCAAUGCCUACAACGUACCAUUCUAUUUGGUUAACCCGGCGCGAGGAACGCUACGCUAUCCCAUCGAUAAGCCGCGAACCGCUCAUAACGUGAAGAUGAUGCAAGAGUCGGAGUCAAACCUUGACAAGUUUUGGAAUUGUAUCGACUCCUUCUACGAACGCAAGACAGGUGUUGCGCAAGUUGAUGUGGUUCGCCAGUGUCUCCUGGAAGGUGGUGAGAUGCAUCGCACUGUCCCAUGGGAUGGCCCAAGCGUCCCCAAAGACUGCGCCAAAAGCAUGGAGUACAAUAUCAUCAGCAACUACGACCACGAUAUUGCACUACAAAUUACUGGAAACUUCGAUAAGCUGGCCACGCGAGAGAGUGCCAAGCAAAAGACGCGCUGCCAUGCUCCUCUAGAUAUCGAGCCAGCGAUUCAAGUUCAAGACAUCCGUCCAAGCCCGGAAAAGAAGCCCGAACGAAUCUACUGCGUCGACAAGCGUGCCCACAAGGUGUUCAGGACCCUGUUCCAUGUCCCUCUUUCAGAUUCUGGAGAGACACCAAAGGCAAUCAAGUGGGACGACUUCAAACGCGCCAUGAUUCGGGCUGGCUUCGCUGCCGAAAAGCUCCAGGGCUCAGCCUGGCAGUUUACUCCUUGUGGUUCUACGGAUGUCGUUCGUGGCAUCCAGUUUCAUGAGCCACAUCCCGACAGCAGCAUUCCCUACAUCAUGGCUCGGCGUUUUGGAAGGAGGCUUCAGAGGGUAUAUGGCUGGCAUGGUGGUGUGUUCAAGUUGGCUUGA